AUGCGACGCUCAGCUUUACGCCGACCCGAGUCUUUUACUGAUAAAUACCGUCUCCUUGGCAAGAUUGGUGAAGGUACUUAUGGUAUGGUAUUUAAAGCUGAAGCAUACUCUUCUGCGUUAUUACCACGUCCAUUAUCAUCAUCAUCAUCAUUAACUACUACAUUAAACGCUGUUGAAGAUGAAGAGCCCAUGACAUUUGCCAUUAAAUUGGUGAAAUCACAUAAGGAAGGAAAGAAUGAUGUGGUUUUAUCGAGUGCAACCGUGCGCGAGAUUAAAUUACUUCGGGAAUUGCAUCAUGAUAAUGUGGUCCACUUACAUGAUGUCCAUGUUGAUCCACGAGAGAAAUCCUUGGCUCUGGUGUUUGAAUAUGGUGAUCAUGAUUUGCAUGAUAUUAUUGUACAAAGCAAACAAAAACCAUUGGGUGAAUACACACGUAAAUCACUCAUGUAUCAGAUACUAAAAGGUGUGGAUUAUAUGCAUGAUGCAUGGGUUAUGCAUCGUGAUAUGAAGCCACAGAAUAUUCUCGUAGUUGGCCAUGGACGCAAACGAGGACAAGUGAAAUUGGCAGAUCUCGGGCUAGCACGGAUUUAUAAAGAGCCAAUUAAAGCAUUAUCAGAUGUUGAACGUGUAGUUGUUACACUCUGGUAUCGUGCUCCCGAGUUAUUGCUUGGUGCUAAACAUUAUACCAAAGCUGUGGAUCUCUGGGCUGUGGGUUGUAUUUUUGUCGAGUUAAUCAACACUCGUGAGUUAUUUUGUGGCAAAGAAGUAGAAGGAUCAAAUGCGCCAUUUCAAAAAGAUCAAUUGGAUAAAAUCUUUAAAGUCCUGGGCAUGCCGACGUCACAGACAUGGGAAGGACUCGAGAAUUUGCCAGAGUAUAAUCAUGUUGUACAGAUGGGACGUGAACGAAAAUAUCCGACACAAUCGGAGCUGAAGAAUGCUGUUAAGGUUGGUCCAGGUCGAGCAGGAGCAGCUUUACUCGAUUUGCUUUCGAGAUUGCUAGAAUAUGACCCUGAAACACGCAUUACGGCAAAGCAAGCACUAGAACACGAGUAUUUUAAGGAAAUCGAACCGGAGCCGCGGGAUUGGGCAUUUGAUGAGCCUGGCAAGGAACCUGUUUCUUUCCGCACGCAAACUGUCGAACCCGUGGCUGAAGAAAGUCUUCCGUGGAAAAGCAAGAAAGAUUGGGCAUCUGCAGCUGAGAUCAAGCCGUCUGAAGGUGGAAUAGGCAGUCCUCACCGAGACAGCUCUGCCAGUCGUCCAUCGCAACACCACAACGAUCAGCGUGGACGUGAUGCUCCCUCACGAAGUCGCAGUCACCACAACCCACGAGACGCGCAGCAACAGCUUCAGCGGCGCAACGAUCGUAGCAAUGGAGGAGAUGCCAAUCUUGCACGAGAUGCGCGGAACCGCGGAGUAUUGGCUGGAGGAAAUGCGCAAGGUGCAGGUGGACCCGCUUGGAGAGACCGAGGGUCUGGUCGUGGAGUGGGAGCUGUAGCCCCAAACGUGACUGGAGCUAAACGACUAGGUGGUGGUGGGGAACGUCCUGGUUCAGGACGACCUCGGAGUCCGAAGCAACCAAGACGACGGUGA